GUGUGGAAGCCAUGUUGAGGUGAAAGUGCUUUAUUUCCCCCCCGAUUAAUCCCAAAUUUUGACGUUCUGAGGAGAAUUCACCCGUGUUUGAGGGCGAAGAGGGGAAGAAUACGAACCGGAUUUAUAAAGUGGAGUGGAACAGAUCAUGUUGAAUAUGUGGCGCGUUCGGGAAUUAACGGAAAAAGUCACCAACAUGGUGAUGAACUACACAGAGGUUGAGGCCAAGGUGCGGGAGGCAACCAACGACGAGGCUUGGGGCCCCACAGGCCCACAGAUGCAGGAACUGGCACAGUCAACAUUCUACUACGAACAGUUCCCAGAGGUGAUGGGGAUGCUGUGGAAGCGCAUGUUGCAGGACAACCGCGCUGCCUGGCGCCGCACCUACAAGUCGCUCUUGCUGCUCAACUACCUCGUGCGCAAUGGCUCUGAACGUGUUGUCACUUCUGCCAGGGAGCACAUCUAUGACCUCAGGACACUUGAGAACUACAAAUUUAUAGAUGAGCUUGGAAAGGAUCAGGGCAUGAACAUCAGAGUAAAAGCCAAGGAUUUGAUUGACUUCAUCCAGGAUGACAACAGGUUACGAGAGGAGCGUAAGAAAGCAAAGAAAAACAAAGACAAGUAUGUGGGUGUGUCUUCAGAGUCCAUGGGAUUCCGCAGCUCAUCACAAAGUGACUGGGAUGGCUGGGGGAGCAGCAGAAGAAAAGAAGAGGAUGAUUUUGGAUCCCGCUUUGAAGAUUCGCCAAAUGCAAGUGAGGAUGAGAUUGAGGAUGCAGUGGAUCCAGUCAACGAGUAUCGUGAUGAGGAGAUGAGCCCCAAGACAGGUGGAAAGGCUUCCCUGGGUGGCAGUGGCAUUGGUAGUAGAGGCAGCUCCGCCCCAGUCAAGAAGUCGUCUAAGCCCUCCAAGAUGGUGGACCUUGGGGCUGCAGCCACCUUCGGCAGAGACAGAAAUAGCACACAAUCGCCACAGACCACACCCUCAAAGACGAAGGCCCAAAACAAUGACCUCCUUGAUAACCUUUUUGGAAGCCAGGCAAGCAACGGGACUUCCAGCCCCUCCAAAACCUCACCAACUAGUGCAGAGGAUGACUUUGACCCAAGGGCGGGUGAGGCAGGAGGCGCAGAGAAACCAGACUUUGGAGACUUCAACUCAGCUUUUGGCAAUGCUGCUGCACCAGCAAAUGGGAAUAGUGAUUUUGCUGACUUCUCAAACUUCAGUCAAACUACCCCAGAAACUCCAGGUGGCUCCUCCAAUGCCUCCCUGCUGAUGGGCAUCUCUGCCCCCACACCUGCUGCUGCCCCAGCUUCCUCUGCCACCUCCCCUGUAGCCCCUGCUGCCCCUGCCCCUCAUAGUAGUAACAUGGACCUGCUGGACGAUUUGUUAGGCUCGGCCACCACCUCGCCCUCCUCCUCGUCUGUUGCAGCAGUCCCCCCUUCCACCCCCAGCGUAGCUUCAUCUGAUCUUCUUGGGGGGCUUGGGGGGAGCCUGGGCGGGGCCCUCACUCCCACCCCAGCAGCCACCUCCCCUAUCAUGCCUGUCAGCACCAUGCCAGCAUCAAGACCUCCACAAAAUGAGCCUGGCGAUCAGAACAGAGAUGAGUUGGCCACCAAGCCUGAGACUGAAGGUGUAAACAACACACCAGAACAGGCUGAGGCAAGAUCCCAGCUGAUUCUAACCCAACUCAGAGCCCUCUCGAAUGGUCUCCAGGAAGAGAUCUCGAAAAGGAGCCCAGAUCAAGAGAGGGUCAUAAACUUGUUAGAGAAUGUGAGUGACCACCUGGCAGGAGCUUGCACCCCCCAGAAGUAUGCUGGCAUAGACCAGCUAUCCUAUGAGGGGUGGCUGUUCCGGCAGCAUUUCUAUGGGCCAAUAAUUAGUACACUGCUUAAUAAUUUUACAGCAGAUGGCAUUCUGAGAAAGCAUAAAGAAUACCAUGAUAUUGUCUGGAACCUCAUCAAGGCAGGUUAUUUUGAGGAGAACCUGAAUAUUUUGCUUUGUAUUAUCAGUAAUGCAGAACUAAAAUCUGCCAAGUUGGCUGUCUCUGUUCUAGAGGACCUCUUGUUGUCUAGUUGCUUUUUGGAUUGUCUCCUGAGGGGCUGUUCAGAGCCACUAGGGAAAGGCGAGAAUGAUUCCAUGUGGGAUGAAACAGUUCGACUAUUAGUGUCACUGCCUGAGAGAAUAGCCAAUAAACUUCGGAAAGAUACUCCAGAGAGACUCUUGCCAAGCAGUUUUUGUAAAAUUGUGGCCCUGCAGAUCCUCCAGGCUCUGGUUUGUGUUGCUGAUGGCUUGAAUCAUGAUAUCUCUGGUACUGUGGAACCUGUUGCUAAACUUUUGGGACAGUUGUGCUAUGUUAGUGACACGCAAUCAGUUUUGCUUCCAAUAAUGCGUUGGUUGGGAGUGUGGGUCAAGAAAAAUCCCAUAAUUCAAAGAGUAUCCUUCAAAAUGUUUGCCAGAUUGCCCAGCUUAACAAGUGAAAGGGUCUUGACUGCACUUCUGAAGAUGAAUAUGAACUCUAAGGAUCUCUUCUCUGUGAUUGGAGACUGUGGUGUAACAAAUGCCAAGAUGAAGUAUCUUUUAACACAAAAAUUCCUAAUCACCAGACAUCUUCCAUAUACCCAGUCUGUGCCAACCAUUAUUGAUUACCUUGCUUUGGCAGACCCAACCAAUGAGUUGCUGAAAGCUUCCUUCUCCCAGUUACUGGAGGUGUGGUGUGACAAGAGCAUUGUGACACACUCCUCGUUUGAGUACCACACCUUCAUCACCAAGGGUCUAAUGGCUUGUGUCUCUCAUUUCAACCCAAAGGAUGUUGAGGCUUGCAAGCAUGAAACCAUACAGAAACUGUUGCAUGGAAUGGCAAACCACUUAGACAAUCCCAGUCAGCAAAUGAAGGUAUUGGGUAUGGUCGUUGGGGAGGAGUUGACAAAAGUGCUUCACUCUGGAGGCCCAAGUCUAAAGUUUGAGUAUGAAGAUGAUGAUCUUACCUUUGAGUUGAAAGCCCUUGCUUGUAAACAGAGAGAGGAGUCUUGUCCAGAAGUGGCUCCAUCAGAUUGUGAUAGUAAUGAUACCUCUCUGUUUGAAGAUUUUGAAGCUGAAUUACAUAGCAUUGGCAUACUAAAGAAAGGUUCCCAUGAGAGUUUAGAAUCUAAGAAUAUUGCAAGCAGAGACAGCCACUUGCAGAAGAGAAAAGAAGAUACAAAAAAGUGCUUGAUAGAAGUGAUUAUGGAAGAUGAUUCCAAACACAUGGAAUCUAAAGCAGAACUUGACAGUGAUGAUGAUGAGUUUGAGCCCUAUGACAUGUCAAAUGACACAUGUCAGUCAAAGGUCAAGGAACCUGCAUAUCCUCAAGAAGUAUUAGAAUACAUCGUAGAAGGUGAAGUAGAUAAGGUGGAAGCAGCCCUCAGAGUAUGUGAAGGGAUUGUGCAGCAAGAAAUGAAGGAGCAAGACUCUGAGUUGGCUGUGGAGAUGACCAAGGUAUUGCUGCACCUUGACAACAAGUACAACCUGGAGGAUUUUGAUGAGAGACGUACCAGGUCACUCUGUGCGCUUACAGUCUCACAUCCGCGUGAGUGUGCCUUUUACCUGGGAGGAGAAUUCUUUGAAAGGAAUUACACAAUGAAACAGAGAAAGGACAUCCUUCACACAUUAGGGCAAGCAGCUAUAGAACUCUCAGGGGUGUCGCCUCAAACAAACUCUCUGAAAUCCGGGGAGCAGAGGAAAGCACUACAGCCAAAUUCUAUGAAAGAGGCUGCUGGUUUCUUCUUCUUCCCACUCGUGAGAGGUGUCACGGAACCUCGACCACACCUUGACCUCUUGGAUGCAGACCGUUAUCUCUUGUGUGACCUGCUCCGUACCCUUGGCCUCUUAGUGAGAGUGACAGGCCAGUGUGAGAUUACAACCAAGAUGGCUGGCUGCCUGCUGGAGCUCACCUGGUCCCUUAGGGUCCAAAACGACCCUGAAAUCAGGGGAGCAUGUUUGGAGAGUUUGUCAUCAGCGCUGGAGGCUGUCCCAGAUACAGUGCUGCUAUCUCUGGUUCCUGGGGAGAUGGUGGAACUACGGCAGUGGCUGGCUGUGACCUUGCAACAGGACAGGGACCGCAGAUGUCAGCUCUUGGCAGCCAAGCUAGCACUCCGGCUUGACAGAUGCUUUGCUGAUAUGAUAGGCCUCCCAAAGUCAUCCUGAGUCUAUUCUGCUGAUAUUGCAAAAUUAUUAUAUUAGUGAAGAAAGUAAUUUUGUAUUAUGAGUAUGUGAUAUAUGUGAUAUCCCUUUUUUCUCAUUUUUUACAGUUGUAGAUUAUUACGACUUAGCUUGUCAUUUUAUGUUAAAAUACUUCUAUACAGUAGAUAUUCUGAAGCAUAAGCUUUGGCCAGGGAUGUACCUUGACUGUGAUCUUACUUUGAUAAUUGUGUUUACACAUAGAAGGCUCUGUAAGUGCUCAGUCACUAAGAAGUAAGUUAGUUCUACCUGUCUCACAUUUUUACCAUUUGCCUUGUUUUUUUCAGAAAUAUUCUUUUUUAUUUUCUAAUAGUAUUGAGGAUCACAAUGUCAGUGCCAGUAAUAAGGGUAUCAAUAUUAAUGGUAUUGAAAAACAAAACAAAAAUUACCCUAAAACUCAGGGAAAAGUGAAAUCAGGUAAGGUCAUAAAGGCCUAAUAAUUUACUCCUUGGUGGCUGAACACAUGUGGAGCCCAUCUAUGUGUAAACACAAUUCACAAAACAAAACUAACUGGACAUUACAUUACAUGUAUCCAUCAGCAAUGAGUUAACCCAAUGCUGCCAGGGAAAAUGAGUAAGGAAUGGGGAAAAUGCUGUGCUCAUUUUUUUAUAUUUUUUGCAAAAUGUCUCUGCACAUAGAUGGCUCUGCUAGUGCUUAGCCACAAAGGA